CCUGUGUGUGUAUGUGUGUUUAUGUGUGUGAGAGAGAGUGUGUGUGUGUGUGAUAGAGAGACAGAGAGAGAGAGAGAGAGAGAGAGAGACGGGGUUAAACAUGGAUACGAGAUUAGACGUGAGUUGUAAACUAGUCCCGGCCUGAACAGGACAAGCACCGGCUCCUAACUGAGCGCAAACACGGGAUUAUUAUGCCCAGCGCCACCGUGUCCGUGCGAAGUUUAUCCGAAGUGGAGAAAUACCUCGGCAGCCGGAUGGACAGGAGUUCUCUGAGCAUCCCUGCGCCCAUGCGUCGGGGUUCUUCAGAGAACAACUUGGAUCUGGACCUGAGUGAUGGAAGCCCUGGUCCUGCUCUUGGCUUCGAGGUCCAGCGCAGCCGCUCUUGCUUGGACAACCUCCAGCAGAAGAUACUGAAAGUCACGGAGCAGCUGAAGAUUGAGCAGACGGCGCGGGACGAGAAUGUCGCCGAGUACCUAAAGCUGGUGAACAGUGCGGACAAGCAGCAAGUAGGGCGCAUCAAGCAGGUGUUUGAGAAGAAGAACCAGAAGUCAGCUCAAAACAUUGCCCAGAUGCAAAAGAAGCUGGAGCAGUACCAUCGAAAGAUGAAAGACAAUGAAAUCCACCACAGCCCGUCACCUCAUCCGUCCACUGUUAAACACAGCACCAUACCCAGGGAGUCUCCCAGACAGCUGCUGAGGGAUAUGACUGGCAGCGGCAGACACCCGACCAUGGACAAGAUCAAGACCAUCGGACCGGGCGUGUCCCUCUCCCCUCCUUUCUUCUUCAGCAAGCCCAGAGAAUUCGCCAACCUUAUCAGGAACAAGUUCGGCAGUGCAGACAACAUCGCCCACCUCAAGAACUCUCUGGACGCUUCCUCGCCGCUGCCCACUGACAGUGCAGGCAAGGGGCUGAGUAGCAGCACCUCUAUGGUGGGCAAGCCCAAGUAUCCCAGCGAUGAUGAGUGCUCCUCAGGGAGCGCUUCCAUUUCGGCGGACAGUAACGGGAACCCAGCGGGGGCGGGAGUGUCGGCGGGGCAGGCGCAGGGUCAGGGUCAGGGCCAGCAGGCCGGGGAGGACGGCCAGAGUAGAUUGGCCCUGAGCCUGGAGGAGGUGAGCGAGAUCAAAGAAGCCCAGAACCAGCUGGAGGAGGAUAUGGAGGAGCUGAAGUCUCAGUUUAAGAGAGAAUAUGGCAUCAUCAGUCAAACACUGCAGGAGGAGAGAUACAGGUAUGAGCGUUUGGAAGACCAACUAAACGACCUGACAGAGCUUCACCAGCAUGAGAUGACUAAUCUGAAGCAGGAGCUGGCCAGCAUCGAGGAGAGGGUGGCCUACCAGGCUCAUGAAAGGGCCAGGGACAUACAGGAGGCUCUGGAGUCGUGUCAGACGCGAGUGUCCAAGCUGGAGCUGCAGCAGCAGCAGCAGCAGACGGUCCAGCUCGAGAGCCGCGACGCCCGCGUCUUGCUGGGGAAGAGCAUCAACAUCAUGCUGGCCAUCAUCACCGUCAUCCUGGUGUGCGUCUCCACCGCCGCCAAGUUCGCCGCUCCGCUGAUGAGGAGCCGGCACCACGUGGUCGCUACCUUCCUGGGAGUUUGCUUUUUGACCAUAUUCUGGAAGAACUGGGAGCGUCUACAGUACGCCAUAGACAGGUUGCUGGUGCCUGCCUGAUGGUGAAGAGUGCACACUUUAAACAACACUGCAGCAGCCUGGAUGCUGUCAGUUGUCACGGUAGGACUGUCUUAGAGGAUUGGUUCUACAAUCGUCAGAAGACAUAAAUUCACAGUUUUUUAAAAUCAGACUGAAAUUAAAUUUUUGUGAUUUUUGUUUCUUGUCUAGAACUUGAAUGUGUGUUGCUAACAAUUUUCAUUUAACCUUUAAAAUAAUAUUUAUAUAACAGUACAUUUUCUUACUCCCCCCCUGCGGAUUGCUAUGGAAUCCUCACAAGACAUAAUAAGUCAAUUCAAGGAAUAAGAAGGGUGAAGAGAAGUGCAUUAUCACUACAGUGCAGCAGCGUGGCACUCGCGUUUUCCCGCAGUCGAGGUCAAAUUUGGCAAAUGGUUCUCCUUCUUAUUAUUUUGCUGCAGCUCGACUUUAACAGCUCUCAAACUGCGUGCACACGCAAACAGAACCAAAACCUCAAACUUGCAUUACUCCUUGGCCACAUCUAUGAAAUGCUAAACAUGGCUGAUGGGCGGGGUUUGUCACCUCUGCUAAGAGACGGUGCAGGGGUUUUUCUCUAUUUUUAGUCUACAUGCUAAUCCAAGCUACCUUGCUAUCGGUUGUAGCUUCAUAUUUAGCAUACAGACAUGAGAGUGGUAUCAAUCUACUAGUCUAACUCUCAGCAAAAAAAUAAGAAGCAUCUAUCCCCAAAUGCUGAACUACGUCUUUUAAUGAAGAAUCUCCAGACGGACUACAGCACAGAGGCAAUGGACAUCCUGUUUUUCUACGUGUUUAUUUUCUCUAUUCCUGAUUGCCUUGUCUGCUGUAUGUGGUCUCUCAUCUCUUAAAUUCUGUUUACUGUUGUUUAAAGUGCAAUACAUUUGAUUUCUACAAGCACUGUUUUUAAUAUGUUUCUUUUCAGACUUCCAUCAGUGUUUUUACAGGGCGUCGGCGCUGGGGGUUGGGGUUGGGUGAGGAAGUGUCAUUAAUGUUGGCAUGAGAGAUCCAUAACCACUGAAGCCACUGCUGGGCUCUGAUAAGACCAGCUGUCUCCUCUCUCAAGGGCCAGAAAUCAAUCCCACUGCAUUACCGAGCUGAUAGCGCGGUAAUAUCAACACAUGCCGGCUCUCCAGCUCAAGCACACAUGCGCACGGACCCAAGCAACACACAAACAGACUUGGCUCUCUUCAUGUCUUACUGAUCUGAUGUUUGUCUUUUACUAACAAUGUGAUUGAGAAGCGAUGGGUUAUACUGUGACACAAGCCUUUUUUCAGAGGAAAAAUGCGAAUCCCUUUUUUUAAAGAAGCAACAAACAGCCUUCAGCGCUCCAGUGAUGACAGAGGAGCACAUCACGGGCUCCAAGUGAUGAAGUACGAGCCUUUUUUUCUUGGACUGACUCACAUACUUUAUGUUCAUCCUAUGAAAAUUGCCUAUGCGGAUCUCACAUGAAGCUACGGACCACUUUUUAACGCUCGUCUGCCAUGAUAAGAUGUUAUAUGUUGAUGUUUGUUGUUGUUUGUUCUUUUAAUGACUGUAUCAUGUGGUUUUGUUCUCAUUUUGACAUGUUUGAGGACUUUUACCUGCAGAACUACAGAUCUGGUUUACAUUGUCCUUUCAUCUCUGGUGCACUAUGUGAUCAAUCAGUUGUGUUUUCAUGCAUUAUGUGCCUUUGUCUGACAAUUUCUGUUAAAUUAAACAAGUCUUUUU